AUUAGUCGAAGGUAUUACCAAUAUAGUUAAAAAGGAUCAUAUAUUCAAUCUACCCCUUCUGUUUCAAUAUAUGCAUGAAACACAAAUUACUUAGAAGUCACAAUAUAAGCCUUCAAAUCAGACCCAAAUAUUUAUAUAACAAAAGCUAUAAUGUAAACAUUUGUAAAAAUAAAAAAAAAAGAAAUUAUAAUAAUAAUAGUAGGGCCAUACAUUGCUUGAUGGCAUUGUCUUUGGAGAAUUUAGCAGCUAACAAAAUGCAUUAAUGGCCCCUAAGGAACACAAUGCCUAUAGGCUAUAGCCCUGAAUCUCUUUCCAUUUCACCUAUCUCCCCUUUGUUUUAUAUCUCUGUCCUUUUCAUGUAACACACAGCUUCCUUUCUUCUAAUUGAUACCUUUCAUUCUGCCAUGUUUUUUCUGAAAGUGAAAAAAAGUAUGAGCCUGCUCAUCUGGAUGAAGAUAAUUCCAACUUUAACAACAAAUUUCCAAAGCAUCUUUUGGCCCAAAGAAGAACAAAGACUGUUUAAAAUCUCUCUCAGUUUCCACAGAAACCAAUGCCAUUUCAGGCAUCAUCUUAACCAGAAAUUCCCAGUCCCUUUAUGGAUAUAGUAUAUAAUUCAUGGAGUCACUAGCUUUAGCUUUUGUUUCAACUCCAGUUGCAAGCAAGGAACCACUUCAACAAUGCUUUAUUCCAUCUCACUAUGUUAUAUAAACCUCUACACAUCCAAAUUCUAGAUCACCAAACUAAGAAUUUCAUACUAGUAUCAGUUUGUUUUUUGCAGCUAACUCUUUUGUUCAGUUUGCUUGGUUUGAUAUGGCAGCCCACACUCGCCCAGCUCCCAAAAUGCAUCAACUGAUCAAAAGUGACAGGAGAAUGUUCUCUGCCUCUGAUGACAAUGCAAUGACAAAGCAAGUUCUCGCAACUCAUGCUCCGGACGGGCGCGAGGUUGAUGUCAAGCCCAUCCUACUCAUGGUUGAGGACAUCAUCCGCCGUGCCACUCCCGAUAUCAGAAAAGUUCUUGAUGGCAGUGACCAGCAUAUGGAGAUGUUAGAGGAACAGAUCAGUUCAGCAGAAAUGGAUGGAAUGCUUGAAUCUCUGGCUCAUGUCAUAGAGAAAGUCGGCAGCAAGCUAGCAUGUAAGUGCUCAGGGGGAGAUGCACAUGCCACAACUAUGGCUAUACUGAACUUGCUCUCAAACUACUCAUGGGAUGCAAAAGUGGUGAUAACAAUGGCAGCCUUUGCCGUGAGCUAUGGACAGUAUUGGCUUUUGGCUCAACUUUACACAACCAAUUUGCUAGCCAAGGCUCUGGCUCUGCUGAAGCAAUUGCCUGAUGUAAUAGAGCAUUCCAAUUCAGUGAGACCCCAAUUCGAUGCGCUUAACAAACUCAUCCAGGCUAUGCUGAAUGUAACGAAGUGCAUUGUCGAGUUCACGGAGCUACCGUCUCAAUACAUUUCACAUGACACGCCUGCAAUGUCGGUUGCCAUAGCUCAUUUUCCUGCAGCUGCAUAUUGGACCAUCAAAAGUGUCGUCGCUUGUAUGUCGUUGAUCGAAAGCCUUGUUGGCUUGAGCCAUGAACGGAUCAUGUCGACCACCGAAGUAUGGGAACUUUCGAGCUUGGCUCACAAGGAGACAAAUAUACACGAGCAUCUCCAGACACAGCUGGAUCUUUGCUUGCAACAUAUAGGUGAGAAAGCAAACAAAGUAGACUUACAAAUGGCGUAUGUGGGGAAGAACAACGCGAAGGAACGCGUCAGGAAACUGACAAUCAUGAUCGGAGACAACAAACUGAGCCAUUGCUGGCCAGACUCCACAUUGGUGUGGUUCUUCUGGGCCCGAUUGGAGAGCAUGAUGUACUCAAAGCUGAAAUACGGGAAAACAGUCGAAAACGACCAAAUAAUGCAGGAGAUAAUGACAUUGCUGAGCUUCGACGGGAGUGACAAAGGAUGGGCGAUUUUCUUCGGAAGAGGAGGGGAGAUGACGAGAGCGAAAGGGGAAACUGCGCUGAGCUGCAUAUUGGCAUUCGACAAGUGGAAGGAAGAGGCGGAGGAGAGGGGUUUCUUGAGGGCAUUGGCGGAGUAUCUGCAGCAGCUGCGAACCCCACAUCACUGCAACCGCCUGAUUCUGCCGGGGGUGGCCGGAAACAUACCGGAGAAUGUGGUGUGUGCAGAGUGUGGGCGGGCCAUGGAGAAGUACCUCAUGUACCGAUGCUGCGUUGAAUAAAUUAACCCCCAAAUCAAGAAUUCGGUAUCCUAAUUCCUAAUUCUGUAAUCUGUGAUUCUAUUCUCUUUUAGUUUUUUGUUUUGGGGAUGUUUGAUUGGAACCGUUUUGUUGUAAAAGAGAAUUAUCUUUUAGUUGUGUGAUGUAACUUAUUACUUGACUUGUGCCAAUAAACCAUACUAAAGUUUUACUUUCUCUCUC